UCUAAAUAAAAGCCAGCACUCAUUAUCCUGGAGACCACAGCUCUUCUGUAAAGACUGAUGAAGCGAUGGAGAACAUUUAUGAAAAUGACGAACACAAAAACUGCAUCAAGUCCAAUGAGAGAGACGCAGGUACAGAAGAUAAGGACACAAUUGAAAGUCAAAAGCUGAGUUUCAUCCAGACUGAAGCAAAAGCUCGACAUUUCGGUGGAAAUAGACGUUUUGUGCUGAGCACAGUGAGUCUUGGACUCAUGUGUGUUUUAUUGGUGAUCGGCAUCAUUGUGCAACAUCACAAACUCACGGCAGAGCGAGACCUGUUGAAGAUGAGUUAUAUGGACAUAGUAAAAGAGUACAACCAAACUAUAAGCAGGUUGCAGGUGAAUUACAGUGAUCAAACUAUUGCAAAAGAUCGAUUGCAGAGCAGCUUCAACUCUUUAAAUCAGACGAAUCUGGAGUUGGAGACCAGCAUCAACAGUCUAACUGCUGAGAAAAACCAGUUACAGAGAAACUACGACUCUUUGAAUCAGAAGAAACUGGAGUUGGAGACCAGCAUCAACAGUCUAACUGCUGAGAAAAACCAGUUACAGAGAAACUACGACUCUUUGAAUCAGAAGAAACUGGAGUUGGAGACCAGCAUUAACAGUCUAACUGCUGAGAAAAACCAGUUACAGAGAAACUACGACUCUUUGAAUCAGAAGAAACUGGAGUUGGAAAGCAAGAUCAACUCUUCGUGUGACGAACAUAAGAAAAAACAAGUUUGGUUCUUCAUAUCCAGUGAGGAGAAGAGCUGGUCUGACAGCAGACAGUACUGCAGGGAUCAUGGUGGAGAUCUCGUUAUUAUCAACACUGAAGAGAAACAGAGGUACAUCAGUUCAUUGGUCAAGGGGAGAGUGUGGAUUGGUUUGUCUGACAUCGAGAAAGAGGGCAAUAUGAAAUGGGUGGAUAAUUCACCACUGACUAAAGGGUUUUGGGACACAAAUGAGCCAAAUGAUGACCAAGGGAAUGAGGACUGUGUUGAAGUGCUUUCUUCAAAAUCCUCCCUGAACAACUGGAAUGAUUUCCCAUGCUCAGAGAAGAGAAAAUGGAUUUGUGAGAAUUAGGUUUGAUCCCUUCCUGUCAACAUAGUUUAAGGGACAGUUCACCAAAAAUGAAAACUCUCAUCAUUUACUCACCCUCAUGCCAUCCCAGAUGUGAAUGACUUUCUUUCUUAUGCUGAACUCAAAUUAUGAUUUUUAGAGAAUAUUUCAGCUCUGUUGGUCCUCACAAUGCAAAUGAAAGAUGAUCAGAAAUGUGAAUCUCCAAAAAGCACAUAAAGGCAGCAUAAAAGUAAUCCAUAAGACUCCAGUGGUUAAAUCCAUUUCUUCUGAAGUGAUAUGAUAGGUGUGUGUGUGUGUGUGUGUGUGUGUGUGUGUGUGUGUGUGUGUGUGUGUGUGUGAGAAACAGAUCAAUAUUUAAGUCUUUUUUUUACUUGAAAUCUCCACCCUUGACAAGCCCCGACCAGUAGGUGGCAAACUGGCGAUAUGCAUGAAGAAUGCAAUUGCAUCCAAAAUGAGGAUGAGUAAAUGAUGAGAGAAUUUCGUUUUGGGUAAACUAUCCCUUUAAUCCUGUGGUAGUAACCUGAACAGCGUGCAGCUCUUCAUGAACUGGGAAAACUUUGCCUUGAUAAUCGCCUCGCUCAGAUACUAUAACCAUUAAAGUGGAAUGUGACACACAUGGCGAAGUGGUGUGUUAUGCCAAAGAAACAAUUUAAAUUGUUCAUGUUUACUGCCAAGUGCAUCUCAUUUAUUUAUAAAAACUAGCAGUUGUGCAUAGACAGAACAAUGGGCGGAGAUUUGCUUAAACCCUAUUUUAGUCAUUUAUUGAUGAAAAUGAAGAAAUUAUUAAUAUAUUAGGAAGAAGGAAAUAGCAGUACACACAGUAGUUCAGCAACCAUGGAUGGCAUGUCCACAUUAGCAAUCGCAUUUACUCAAAAAACAAAAACUUGAAGCUGCACUCACGUGCACAUGCGGAUCCAUCUCCUGACAGUUUAAACAGCCUGUAUCGCCUGCUUCAUGAUUUGUGAAUGAGAGGAACUUUUGAUCCUGAUACUGAAGUUUUUGAUUCUGGCUGUUAGAAUACGCGCUUCAGAGGAAGAUUUAUGAGCGUUCCACAGGACGCUGGAUCUGCUCAAGUUGUGUGAGGUUGGUUUAUUGGAUAUGCGCAUAUUUGCAGACAGUAUAUGAUAAUAGUUUGAUUGAUAUUUGCCUUUUUGUAAUUAGACAAGACAGCUAAAAGUUACAGGGAACUGUUGAGGAGAGAGAGAAUGAAACAGGUGAGCACUUUAACAUUAUGAGCUCAAACGUGUCUGCCGCGGCUCUGCACUAGGGAUGGGCGGAUUGAUACUAAAGUACUGAUACUUCCGAUACUGAUGUGGUAUCAAGAAUAUCGAUCCUCACAUAAAAAUAUCGAUUCUGAAGUUUUUUAUUUAACAAGUGAUCUUAUUGUUUAGAUUACAUGAGUAUUAAUGCAUCUCAUAAGCUUCAAAGUGGAAAAAAAUAUUAUAUUAGCGAAUUGUUGCAUGGCACCGGAACUAUUUUUUCUUCCGCUCAUCUUGACACGCAGAAAUGCUAAAAUACGCCAGCAGACAGACAGCACUCACCCUUUCAGUCAUAGCGCUCGUUCAAAGAAGGAGCAGUCCUGAGGUAAUGACAGAAAAACAGCAUCUGGAGUUAUUCACACCAAGUAAUGACAAACCUAGACAUGACAUGUAUUAUAAUGGGCUUGUGUGACCAUGUUUACAGAUUUAUUUAAAUUCAGAGGUGUUAAAACAUUGAUAAUGAUCUUUAACUCUCGUUAAUAAACGAUACCCUUAUGAAAACUUACCAUGUAUUUACUGUAGUAAUAUUGUAUUAACCUUGACUAGUAACCACAACUGUAGUAACCAAGGUUUUUUUUCCUUUAUUGGUAUCGAUAUCGGCGAUAUUGGACUAAAAGUACUUGGUAUCGGAUCGAAAAGAAAAUAAGUGGUAUCGCCCAUCCCUACUCUGCACACCGGUCUAUUAUUGUAGUAACUCAAUGACAUGUAACAACAAAAGGAGCAGUGACUGGUCGUUUACAUGUCUCAGAUGCUUCACAGGCAAGCAGGCGAUUUUCGGCACCCUAAAAAAAAAAAAAAUCGUCCAAACAGGAACAUUUAUCACCAGAUGCCGAUCAUUAAAAAAGUCAGAAUAUCGGCCGAUUUAUCGGCCAACCACUACCUGUAAUGUGUUCAUUUCUUGCUCCAUCACAAACAGGUCUAUAUCAUCAUGUGUCUCAGUUGUUGGUCUGAUGUACUGAGAUGACAAUCACCAUAAAUUAACACAAGUGCGAAGUACCAGAUUACCCUAAUUCACCCUAUUAUUCUGAUAUUGUGUCUGUCUGUUAAUAAACUUAUUUUCUGAUUUUUUCAAAAUAAGUUCAAUAGUCAUUGUGCUUUUGUAAACUGUCACUAUUACCAAAGUUAUAAACUCAUAAAAAAUAUAUUUUUGUGUCUAUUUCAUGUUUGAUUUUCUAACACACAUUAACACACUCAUCUCUGAGAUCAUCAUAUAAAGUAUCCACCUUAUUUUGCAACGCGGAAGUAAGCAGAGGCUGCAUUUCCGGUGAAUGUGAAAAUGUUCCGCUGGCAUUGACCGCAAUGUAAAUUACUAGAAGGUUAUAAUACCAGAAUCUAGUGAUAUGGGCUUAUUAACUUUCACACAACCACAGGAUGUACAGCAGAAUUAUGUGCCAAUGUCGGAUAAUUUUCUAACAUCAGUAUUUAUAGUAAAAGAGUAAGAAAAUCAUUCACUUGUUGCUGUGAUGUUGCACUGAAGAGACGGUAAUAAAAUCUGCUUCUUUCUUUACCGAGAUUGUGACGAUGCAGUGUUUCUUGUCUCCAUGUAAACCUCCACUCAUAUGUACCUGCAUAACCUUUAUU